GACGUCACUUCCAAGGUGGAGCUCGCCUGCCUGCGUGGAGAAUCGGAAAAAGCUCAGGGCGAACGCGACCACAGCGCGCAUGCGUUGUGAAGUCAAGUCUGACCGCGCAGGCGCGAACUCACUACCUGGUUUCUCCUUAUCUUGGACUGCGCAUGAGUCGUCUGGUUGGCGAUCGACGCGUGACGCGACUGCGCUUGCGUAGAGCGCUUUGGAGCUUGCUAGUGCGCAGGCGCGACGUGACGCGAUCGGUCGUUGCGUGUAGGGCAGCGGAGCGGUUGCGCGGAGUGACAUCGGCAGGUCUCCGGUGAGAGAGAAAGAGGGGAGAGAGCAAGUCCUCGGGACCGGAGGAAGAGAGAUCGGGAGCGAAGAUGCUCAACAUGUGGAAAGUCCGGGAGUUGGUGGAUAAAGCCACCAACGUGGUGAUGAAUUAUUCAGAGAUCGAGUCUAAGGUUCGAGAGGCGACCAACGAUGACCCCUGGGGACCUUCCGGGCAGCUCAUGGGAGAGAUAGCCAAGGCCACAUUCAUGUACGAACAGUUCCCAGAGCUCAUGAACAUGCUGUGGACGAGGAUGCUGAAAGAUAAUAAGAAGAACUGGCGCAGAGUUUACAAGUCCUUGCUGCUGCUGGCGUACCUCAUACGGAACGGAUCGGAGCGGGUCGUCACGAGCGCCAGGGAGCACAUUUAUGACUUACGAUCCUUAGAAAAUUACCACUUUGUAGACGAAGGCGGCAAAGACCAAGGUAUCAACAUCCGACAGAAGGUGAAAGAAAUGGUGGAGUUCGUCCAGGACGAUGACCGCCUCCGAGAGGAGAGAAAAAAAGCCAAAAAGAACAAGGACAAAUACGUUGGGGUGUCUUCAGAAAGUGCCGGGGGGUUCAGAUACAGUGACCGAUACGACUCAGAACCUCGCUCUAAAUGGGACGAAGAGUGGGAUAAAAGUAAGACCGGAUUCCCAUUUAGCGAUAAGUUAGGGGAGAUAAGCGAUAAGAUCGGCAGCACAAUAGACGACACCAUCAACAAGUUCAGGAGGAAAGAUAGAGAAGAUUCUCCUGAGAGAGGCAGUGACGAAGAAGAAGACCGGAAAAACAACCGGGUAAAACAUACAGGAGAGUUCAAAGACGAGGAGGAGACGGUCACCACCAAGCACAUCCACAUCACUCAGGCCACCGAGACCACCACCACACGCUCCAAGCGCAACCAGUCCAAAAUCGACCUUGGCGCAGCCGCACACUACACCGGAGAUAAAGAAAGUCCUGAGCUCACCUCGUCCGCCAGUCAUCCUGCUGCAAAUAAGACGUCUUCUAGUGAGGGCGGUAAGAAGGCAUCGAAUGAUCUAGUGGAUCUACUUUUUGACUCAGAAAACAAAUCAGGCGCCACAUCAGAUCCAUUUGGUGGUUUUGCAGAUUUCGGUUCAUCCGCCGCUCAGUCUUCCAUCUUCCCAGCAACACAAGGCUCAACAACACCAACCGGUAAUGGAGAUUUUGGAGACUGGGGGGCCUUCAGCCAGCCACCACCCGCCCCAUCUGUGCCGUCAACCGAUUUGUUUGCAGUCACACAACAGAGUACCGACCUAUUUGCUGCUUCCCAUCCGCAACCAACCCCCGCUGCCUCCAACACGACAGACCUCUUUGACAUCAUGGGGCCCGCACACGCCACCAUGAGCACGUCCCAGAGCAUGAACCUAUCCAUGAUGAGCUCUAGUACUGUAGGAGUGACGCUUCCCAUGUCAAGAUCUCAGCCCCUGCAGAACCUCGGUCUUCAGAAGCAGAACACGCUGCCCACGCACGGAACAGACAUGAAGGUUCAAGGCAAAUCCCUCCCGGCCACCUGGUCUGACCCCAGCGUUAACAUCUCCCUGGACAGUCUCUUGCCAGGCAUGCAGACCUGUAAACCAUCGCAGCCCUCCUUAAACGCCAUGAUGCAGCAACAAAACAUUCAGCAGCCUAUGGGGAUGUUGCCGCAGAGCUUUGCAAAUCUGAACGUCAGCGGAAGCCCAGGCAUGAUGCCCAUCAGACCUCAAGCGAGCCCCGUUAUGCCCGGUCCCAUGCCAGGAGCCAUGGGUAUCCCGAACAUGAUGACUGGCACUAUGGGCAUGUCAGGAAUCCCUCCAGCGAUGAACCAGGGGAUGAUGGGCAUGCCCCCUACUAUGGGCAUGCCUAUGGGAUUAUCCCCCGGAGUAAUGCCACCUAAACAAGAUGCCUUUGCAAACUUUGCCAACUUCAGCAAAUAAAAAAAAAAAAAAAAAAAGCUUUAUCCAGCCGAUCCCACGCAGAGCUGGCGUAUUGAAGGAUUUUCAAACCACACACAACGUGAACGAAGGAGAGGAGGGGGGGGGGGGGGGGUGCGGGGCUCGACCCGGAAGCCCCAUCCUCCGAAAUCGAUAUCUUUUAUAAAUGAAUAGAAAAUUAAAAAAAAUGGACUUCCAGCCGAGCUGUUUGUAGAGGAGACUCUGCUCUGUAUGAGCGCUAUUGCCUUUAUGUACCAGACAGGUUUAAGCGGGUACACGGCGUCCGCGAUCAGGGUGCGGGACAGGGCGCCUUUAAAUAUGUUUAUCCCCCCCACCUCCUUUCUCUUUUUAGGUUUCAGAAUUACCCAGAUGUGACUUCAUAGAUUCACGCACGGUAACUUUCACAUUCCGAACUUCAUGAAUGAUAUCAGCUCCUCGAUUGGGACAGAUUAUUUUUUCUUAAAAUUUUUUUUUUAUUUUUAUUUUUAUUUUAUUUUUUUUCUUCAUUUUUGUAAUGUAACAUAUAUAAGAAAUGAUCUAUUUUUCUCCAAAGUGACUUAGGUUGUUUAGUGAUCGCUGCUUCUAAGGAAGUACGUCCUGCAGUGUAGACCCCGUCUGCCUCCCGUAGCCGCCAUUACUCACACUAUAGGGCAGUGUUUCCCAACCAGGGUGCCUCCAGC